AUGUUCUCACGGCUCACAUUUCCGGGCUUUCGAUCUGCAGAGCGGUUCGCAGAUUUAUCCAAAUUUUCCACAUACUGCUACAUCCGUGAUCAAAAGAGUGUUUCGUUCAUUCGCGCAUUGCCGUCCGCAUUGAAUCGCUCCAUUUCUUCUCGGUCUAUUCCCCUUUGCCCACCGGAAGCGCUCUCUUCUUUUACAGUCCGAAAAGCGGGACGAGCAGUUUUCGGGAAUCGACCGGAUCUGCGAACGCGAAGUUUAGUAACAACUUCUAAGAUGAAUGACGUUUCUGUUGGCUUUUACGGAGGUGGAAUGAUGGCUGAAGCGAUACUGAAGGGGUUGUUGAAUCGCAAAACAAUCGCGCCCCAAAACAUGUGGGUCUGUGAACUUGUUCAAGCUCGGCGAGAGGAACUGGCAAAGCUGGGAGUCUCAGUCACUGCAGACGGAGAAGAGAUGCUCUCGAAUAGUAACACAAUCUUCUUAGCUGUUAAGCCGAAUAUCGUCCCAAUAGUAUUGGAAGAUGUAACCAAUUUCGAAAAGCAAAAUAGAAGGAAGCAGUUGCUAGUUGUUUCUAUUUGUGCUGGCGUUGACCUCGGCAGCCUUGCAGCAGGGAAUCCAAGGCGCAAGUGCAUUCGAGUCAUGCCGAAUCAAGCGUGUUUAGUGGGCGAGGCGGCUUCUAGCUUCACAUUGAACAAAAAGUGCACACAGGAAGAUCGGGAAGUGGUUGAAACACUCAUGGGGUCGUGCGGUUUGCUGUCAGAAGUACCGGAAAAGAGUAUUAAUGCUGUUACAGGUCUCAGCGGGAGCGGACCAGCCUACGUCUACAUGAUGAUGGAAGCGAUGUCAGAUGCAGGGGUACGGGAAGGUUUGCCACGGGCGGUAGCGCGGCAGCUCGCAUGUCAAACUGUCCUAGGUGCGGCCAAGAUGGCACUUGAACAGCCAGAUGUUCAUCUAGGAGAACUGCGAAACCGGGUGGAGUCCCCUGGAGGAACCACAAUCGCGGCGUCUGCGAUCUUAGAAAAUCGUGGCUUCCGAUCGGCUGUAAUCGAGGCCAUUAGAGAAGCUACAAACAGAGCGGAAGAAAUGAGCAAGAAGGAGUAA